UCGCCUCGAGUCCCUCGCUCCCUCCCCCUCGCGGGUGUUUCUAUAGUAAUUUCCAGCCAAUGAUCAGUAGGUGUCCGCAUCCCUGCUUCCUCACCUCAGCACCAAUCAGCCACACACAGCGACAGGAGACCGAGCGCGCACCAGCACAAUACAACCCACGGAUCCACGGAAAACACUUUGCGCCGAGCGCCUUUAUCCCGUCACGCGGAGCUUUGGACACUCUUUCCCUGCUGUGGAUGAGACAAAAACAUGCGCUUUUUGUUUUGAGCGCUCUCUGGACGCUCGUGCGCGGCUCUCCAGGCGUGUUUGUUCCCCGCGGUGAUGUGGCGCUGGUAGCGUCUUGGGAGCGCGUCUUCACCCGGAUCCAGCACUGGAGGAGAUAACCCAGGAUGGUGCCACACUGUUCCUAACCAUCUCCAAUUCUUCAAAGACCACACAAACCUCGUUUUAAUCUUCUCAACACUGACACGCAUCUCUCAGCCAUGUCUAAUAUAAACAGUGCGCUCUGCAUUGAAAAUGGACAGAACGCAGAUGUGUCUCUCUUACAAAAGGAUAAUCUUCAGGACGGUGGAUUAAGCCAGCUGUUGGAUUAUAACGCGGAAAUGGAAAGGUACAGGUCUUUUGCUAACUUUUAUAAAGCCAACGGGGCAUUUCCGCAGACUGCCAAGAUUGCCCGCAUCACGACGCCCAUUUUUCCCAGCGCGAGGAUUGGCAUGGCCCCUUGGAACUGCGAUAACGCCAUGCUCUGGGGGAGGAAAUCAGCGGCAAUAAACCCUAAUAGGACCAGCAUGCAUAGAAAUGACUCCCAGAGGCCGGGGAAGCCUGGCGUGCCGCCAGAGACGCUGCAAAUGGCAAAUAAUAAUUUCCUCUCUACCUUAUCCCCCGAACACUGCAGACCUUUAGCAGGAGAAUGCAUGAACAAGCUGAAAUGCGGCGCUGCUGAAGCAGAGAUAAUGAAUCUCCCAGAACGCGUUGGAACUUUUUCCGCUAUUCCGGCUUUAGGGGGCAUCUCAUUACCUCCCGGGGUCAUCGUCAUGACAGCCCUUCACUCCCCCGCAGCCUCAGCAGCCGUUACAGACAGUGCGUUUCAAAUUGCCAAUCUGGCAGACUGCCCACAGAAUAAUUCCUCCGCAUCCAGUGGAAACCCGGCAAAGAAGAAAAGGAAAAGGUGUGGGGUCUGUGCGCCCUGCAGGCGGUUAAUCAACUGUGGUGUUUGCAGCAGUUGUCGGAACCGCAAAACGGGCCACCAGAUCUGCAAAUUCAGGAAAUGCGAGGAGCUGAAGAAGAAGCCUGGCUCCUCACUGGAGAGGACGCCGGUCAACAACGGAGAAGCUUUCAGGUGGUUCUUUUAGAGGAGGACGUCGGCAUCCGUCAGCAGAGACGAUCGGACUCUUGACACACGAACGGAACUGAGAUGAAAAGAAAACCCUAACGGUGUUGUUUUAACUCUGUAAUUUUCAUUUCUGUGUAAUUAUUGUACCUUUUACGACAGUAUCAUAAUGUAUAUUUUGGUGUCUAUGAAUGUGUUUUUAGUGUCGUGGCUGUCGAUCGACAGCCCAUCCUGCGCGAAGGACACACACACACAGACAAUCAGACAAAAACAGAAGCAGCCACAAGGAUUGACGACAAACUCACGCAAAUCUGGAGCAAUAAUCUAUUCGGAUUGGAACCUUCUGCUUAUUGAUUUGAAGAAUUCAUCCACUUAUUUUGGAUUUUUCUUUGGCUGAUCCUCUCAUUAGGCGGACUGGUUCGUGGAUGGCAGCAGCAUUUUGGAGAUAUAAUUGACAUUUUCAGUGGCUUUUUGAAUUUGUGUUGACGCGCUGCUAUUCAGGGCACAUUGUCUUGGGCGAAAACUUGUAAAAAAAACCCUUAUUAUUUAAGACAGGACGUCUAAUUCCACUGUUUUACCGAAGCACUUAAAUGAUUCUUGAGGGCAGUUAAAACACGGAGCCUAUGGAACACUCGACCCCAUGACUAGUCUGGACCUUUCUUCUUCAAAGAAAUACAUUCCAAAACAGUUGAAAUCAGUUUCUCAUUGUCUUAAACCCUAUUGUUGCAUGUGUAAAACGUGUUUUUCGGUUCAAGAAUUACAAAAAAUUUGUAUAUUGUU